AAUUUGCAGGUAUUAUUCACUACGCGUGAAGGUACUAUAAAAUGAGUAAGAUUCCACGUGAUACGCUAAUCGAAUGUGUCAAUGAGGUGUUGAAGGCGUCGAAGGAGAAGAAGCGGAAAUUUCGUGAAACAGUAGAAUUGCAAAUAGCACUGAAGAAUUAUGAUCCUCAGAAAGAUAAACGUUUCAGUGGAUCAGUAAGGCUGAAAAAUAUCCCAAGACCAAACAUGAAAGUGUGUGUACUUGGUGAUCAGCAACACUGCGAUGAAGCGAACGCAAACAGUAUACCGUGCAUGAAUGCAGAUGAAUUGAAAAAACUGAACAAAAAUAAGAAACUCAUUAAAAAACUGGCAAAGGGAUAUGAUGCUUUCUUGGCUUCGGAAGCUUUGAUCAAGCAGAUUCCACGUAUACUUGGUCCAGGUCUAAAUAAGGCUGGUAAAUUCCCAAGUGUUGUUGCUCAUUCUGAAACAUUAAUAACUAAAAUUGAAGAGAUUCGUUCAACGAUCAAAUUUCAAAUGAAAAAGGUAUUAUGCUUAUCGGUAGCAAUCGGGCAUGUUGGAAUGACAACGGAAGAGCUCGUUUCUAAUAUCGCACUUUCUAUCAAUUUUCUUGUGUCAUUGUUGAAGAAAAAUUGGCAAAAUGUGAGAUCGCUACACAUAAAAAGUACAAUGGGGCCACCCCAACGACUUUAUUGAUUUUUGUUGUGUUGUCAACCGUUAGUGUUGUUGCAUUAUCUGAAAUGAUAAACUGUUUGUACUCGAUUGGUUUGAAUGUGUGGAACCUUCGAAUUACACUAUCGUUUGGAAGUCGGUGAUGCCUUCUUAAGAUAAUCUCAAAAAUGUCUGGUUGAGAAAUUCGACAGUUCAGUGUGUAAUUCCAGAAAUGGUGUUCUAUAAUGGAUCACAAAUAAAUAGAAUGAUAGAAUUUUGCUGAAGGGACUUUUUGUAGCUGCAAGUGAUAAUAUCCUUGUGAUACAUUCCGGAAUUUUCUAGGUAUCGGUGAACAAUAUUUUGCUAGUUUUUCUUGUUGAGAUCUGAGGUUGCAUAUUGUAACAUGAUUGGCAUAGUGUGUUUCCCAGAAGUUGGUAGAGAAUAGUUGACAUUUCCAACAUACCUUCUCC